GGUGUGCACACUUUGCUUCUCUGGCAGUUGUCACCUUGUCUUCAGAGAGGAGCACCCAGAAUGACGCACAUACUGAAAACCUUGAACAGCUGGUUUUGGUGGGAGAACAUCUGGAUGCCCAUCAACUGUACGUGGGCAAACUUUGAAGACCACGAUGGACUGGUCUUCCCCAAACCGCAGCACUUGUAUGCCACCAUCCCCUUAGCUUUUGUGAUGCUGCUGCUUAGGUUCUUUGUUGAAAGAUUUAUUGCUGUACCUCUGGCAGAUGCUUUGGGCAUCAAGCAAGUGAAACGGGUCAAGCCCCAGCCCAACCCCACGCUUGAGGAAUAUUUCAAGGAGUGCACAAAAAAGCCAUCCCAGGCAGAGAUGCGUAGAUUAGCCAAAAAGUGCAAUUGGACUGUGCACCUGGUGGAAAAAUGGUUUCGACGACGGCGAAAUAUGGAGAUCCCCACCGUGCUUAAGAAGCUGCAAGAAGCCUGCUGGCGAUUUGUGUUCUAUUUCUUAUCGACUAUUGGUGGAUUUAUAGUACUCUAUGAUAAACCCUGGUUUCAUGACAUUUGGUUGGUUUGGGUCGGCUACCCAUUUCAGACCUUGCUUCCAUCCCAGUACUGGUACUAUAUGGCUGAGAUGAGUUUCUAUUGGUCGUUGUUGUUUACCCUCGGAAUGGACACUAAAAGGAAGGAUUACAAAGCACAUGUCGUACACCACUUGGCGGCCCUCGGCUUGAUGUUUUGCUCCUACAGUGCCAAUUACGUCCGCCUGGGAACUCUAGUGAUGAUCAUCCAUGACUGCGCAGACUUCUGGCUCGAGGCGGCAAAGAUCUUCAACUACGCUCACUGGGAGAAUACCUGCAGCGUCCUCUUUGUCAUCUUCUCCAUCGUGUUCUUCAUCACAAGACUCGUUCUCUUCCCCUUCUGGAUUAUUCGUGCCACAGCGUAUUAUCCUACUUAUUAUUCAAUGACCUUCGUCAUAGCGUAUUUCUUUUUCAAUGGGAUGCUGUUGGUUCUACAGUGCCUGCAUAUCUACUGGGGCUACUUGGUGUUCAAGAUUCUGAGGAAAUUCAUUUUCAUACAGAAAGUGAAAGAUGACAGGAGCGACGAGGAAGAGGAAGAUUCCGUCAGUGAGGCAGAAGAGGAGUCCCUCAAGAAAGGAAGCAAGAACGGCUGCGAGGCCAGCCAUCCUCUCCUGAACAACAACAAUUACUAGCGUGUUGUUGGCUGCAUGGCACU